AUGGAGAAGUUGAAGAAAAGAGUUUUGGAGUACUUAGCUGUCAGGCAGCUAAAAAACAACCUCAAGGGACCCAUUCUUUGUUUUGUGGGACCCCCAGGAGUUGGCAAAACCAGUGUGGGGAGAUCAAUUGCUAAGACUUUGGGUCGAGAAUUCCACAGAAUUGCUUUGGGAGCGGAGCUCUGCUCCCGGCCGGGGGAGCUCGUGAUUGGCACUGCUGCUUUGGCAGUUCAGGUGGUUGGUAGCAACUGGCCCAAGCCACAUUACACACUGCUGGUUACGGGCCUUUGCCGGUUCCAGAUCUUGCAGCUGCUGAAGGAGAAGCCGUACCCUAUUGCAGAAGUUGAGCAAUUGGAUCGACUCGAGCAGUUUACAAAUCAGCAUAAGUCUGAGGAGGAACUUGGAGAGUUGUCAGAACAGUUCUACAAAUAUGCUGUGCAGUUGGUUGAGAUGCUGGAUAUGUCUGUUCCUGCAGUUGCAAAGCUGAGACGUCUUCUGGACAAUCUGCCUAGAGAAGCUUUGCCAGAUAUACUGACUUCAAUCAUCCGUACAUCCAACCAAGAGAAGCUUCAGAUCCUAGAUGCUGUUAGGCUGGAGGAAAGGUUCAAGAUGACUAUACCGUUGCUUGUUAGACAAAUUGAAGGACUGAAGCUUCUUCAGAAAACAAGAAAGCACAAACAGGAUGAUGACAAAAGGGUUGUAGCUAUUCGUCCAAAUAGAAGAAUCAAUCAUAUUCCAAGCACUGCAGAAGAUGAGGAAGAGGAGGAAGAUCAUGAUGAUGUUGUCAUCCUUGAAAAAAAGAUUAGAACUUCCAGUAUGUCAGAACAAGCUCUUAAAGUUUGUCUUAAGGAAAUAAAGAGAUUAAAGAAGAUGCCUCAGUCGAUGCCAGAAUAUGCUUUAACAAGAAAUUAUUUGGAACUUAUGGUAGAAUUGCCAUGGAACAAGAGUACGAAAGGUAAACCCUUCUGUUAUUGUUGACUGUCUCUUGCGCAG